AUGAUGCCUCUGUCCAUGAAAUUGGCCGGCCUGGUCUGGUGUACCGCCCUACGAGCAGCUGGUUCGCCCGGACCGCUGGGAGUCGCGACGGCUUUUGAUGGUAUCAUCGCCACCAACGUGCCCACGUCGACAUCCACUUCCUCAAGUAGCACGUCCUCGAAGACCGUUUCAACGCCCAAGUCUACGCCUGCGACGACUACCACUACCACAACCCCCACCGCGAAGCCGAGCUGGACCGGCCCGACCGCCGUCAGCGAUCUCCCGCAGUGCGGUCAAACAUGCAUCAAUAACAUGCUAGCCAAGCACCGAGAGCUGGGCUGCGGUGACAAGGGCGUGGCCUGCAUGUGCCGCGCGCCCAACUUCAACUACGGCAUCCGCGACUGCGCCAACGGCGCCUGCAGCAACGAGGACCGGGCGAGUACCGUCAUCUCCUUUGAGACUUCGUACUGGUGUCCGUCAUUUAUGGCGACCGGCACCAACUCUCCGACGCAAACCCCUACGCCUACGCCUACGGCCACUUCCGACCUUCCUCCCUGCGGUGUAAGUGCAUAUGCGGCCCCGUUCCCCCGGGGAGAUGGGACUCUUGCUAACAAGGGGAUCCAGCAAACGUGCAUGAACAACAUGAUUGCCCAGUACUCGCAGCUAGGCUGUCGAUCGCUGGAUUCUGCGUGCCUCUGCAAGAACGCCAACUUUGGCUACGGCGUGAGAGAUUGUGCCAACGGCGCAUAG